AUGGCCGCCGCACCGUGCGGUCGCGGCGGCGGCACGCUGACGCUGGUCCUCGUGGCCCUCUCCGCGGCGUUCCUCACCUACAACGUGCUCAUCUCCUUCCGCUCCUCCCUCCAACCCCUCCCUUCCUCCUUCCCCACCGCCACCGCCACCGCCACUGCCUCCCCCUCCCGCCGCUUCGGUGCUUGGCGGAGGGCGUUCCACACCGCGGUGACCGCGUCGGGGAACGCGUACAACACGUGGCAAUGCCGCGUCAUGUACCACUGGUUCAAGGAGGCGCGCCGGGCGCCCGGCGGCGGCGAGAUGGGUGGGUUCACCAGGGUCCUGCACUCCGGGAAACCCGACGAGUUCGUCGACGAGAUCCCAACAUUCGUCGCCGACCCACUCCCCGAUGAGAAAAUGGGAUACAUCGUUCUCAAUAGGCCAUGGGCAUUUGUUCAGUGGCUCCAGAAGGCAGACAUAAAGGAAGACUAUAUCUUGAUGGCAGAGCCAGAUCAUAUAAUUGUCAAGCCUAUCCCAAACUUGUCGAGAGAUGGUCAGGCAGCAGCUUUCCAUUUCUUUUAUAUUGAGCCUAAAAAAUAUGAGAAUGUGUUGCGUAAGUUCUUCCCUGAAGACAAGGGGGCAAUCACUAAGAUUGAUCCUAUAGGAAAUUCUCCUGUCAUUAUUGAGAAGGAAUCUCUUGGAAGGAUUGCCCCGACAUGGAUGAAUGUUUCAAUAGCAAUGAAAAAAGAUCCUGACGCUGAUAAAUCUUUUGGCUGGGUUCUUGAAAUGUAUGCCUAUGCCGUGGCAUCUGCUCUCCAUGGAGUGGGCAACAUCUUACACAAGGACUUUAUGAUUCAGCCACCUUGGGACUUGGAAGUUGGUGAUGCUUUUAUUAUACAUUAUACUUAUGGGUGUUAUUAUGACAUGACGGGUAAGUCGACUUAUGGCAAAAUUGGAGAAUGGAUAUUUGACAAGAGAUCUUACGAGGAUAAACCUCCGCCUAGAAAUUUGCCAUUACCGCCAAAUGGUGUGCCCCAAAGUGUGGUGACACUUGUGAAAAUGGUCAAUGAAGCAACAGCCAACAUACCAAACUGGGACUCUUACGCCGCUAAUUAA